AUGGAUUCUCGGGAACCGCACCAGCAACCGCAACCACCAAACAUUAUGGUGGGACCCACCUCCUUCCCUUCCAUGUUGGCACCCGCCACUGCCCGAUUUCCUUUUAUCAGCAACAACAACCAUCACCACAACCCUCCCCCUCCUCCUCCUCCCCCACCUCCGCCCGAGCCUCUCAACAACAACAACACCAUGUGCGAGGCUGCGUUGAAGCCGUGUACGCUCGCAGUCGGUUCCUCGGAGUCCUCCAAGAAGAAGAGGGGCCGGCCCAGAAAGUACUCACCAGAUGGCAACAUUGCUUUGGGCCUUGUCCCCAACCACACCGCGGCUUCUUCCUCCGAGCCUGCCCCCAAGAAGCACCGAGGACGCCCUCCUGGCUCCGGCAAGAAGCAGAUGGACGCCCUCGGAAUCACUGGAACUGGUUUCACUCCCCAUGUUAUCUCCGCCGAAGCUGGGGAGGACAUUGCUGCAAAAAUUAUGGCCUUCUGUGAGCAAGGACCACGGACAGUUUGCAUUCUUUCUGCUACUGGUCCUAUCCGCAAUGUCACCAUUAGACAGCCGCCCUCCGCCUCCUCCCUUUCUGGGACUGAUGUGUCAUAUGAGGGUGAAUUUGAGAUCAUAUCACUUUCAGGUUUUACUCAACAAUCUGAAAACAAUAGUGGUCAAAACGGAAUGCGUUCCUUGAAUGUGAGUUUAGCAGGACGGGAUGGGCGAGUAUUAGGUGGUGAAGUUGCUGGAGCUCUUACUGCAGCCUCGGCAGUUCAGGUAGUUGUGGGUAGCUUUAUUGCAGAUUUAAAAAAGUCUAGCUCAAGUAACCUGAAAUCUGGACGAUCUUCGACGCCAUCAUCCCAAUUGUUAAAUUUUGGUGCACCUACAACUCCAACCACUCCUACUUCUCAAGGGCCUUCAACUGAGUCAUCAGAGGAUAAUGAGAACAGUAAUUUUAGUAAGGGCCCAGGAGGCCAGGGACUCUACAAUAACAAUAAUGGUAGUCAGCCUAUUCAUAACCUGCAGAUCUACCAUCAACUAUGGACUGGCCAAACUCAGCAGUGA